AUGACCGCAACCAUCUCUCACGAGUCACUGAAUGCCACACUCACAGGCCUCAGGACUUCCGACGUGAUUCAAUUUCGGGGCAUUCCGUAUGGCCGAAUCCUGCGACGAUUCGCCGCGCCUGAGAAGCUAGACAGGUAUCCCAGAUUUCUCGACUGCACUAACUUUGGACCUCGGUGUCCGCAAGUCGCUGUCGAUGUCGGACAUUUGUUGCGCAUCCCUCCAGAACAUAGGUUCCCAGACGAACCGGAGGAUGAGUUCAAAUGCACCAAUCUAGACGUCGUAUUGCCUGACAGAGGACCAGACGUGGCAAACUCAAAUUUACCGGUCUUAGUCUGGAUACAUGGAGGCUCACAAGCCGUGACAUUUGGAAGCGCUGCAUCUGGAGUUUGCGAUAUGAGCAAAAUAGUAGCUGACUCCCUCCACCUGGGAAAGCCAAUAAUCGCUGUAUCCGUUCAGUAUCGACUUAAUGUCUUUGCUCUGGGCAACGGAGAAGGGCCUACAAACUUAGCGCUUCGUGAUCAAGAGUUAGCUUUGCAGUGGGUUCAAGAUCAUAUUUCAGGCUUUGGUGGUGAUCCGAAUAUGAUUACUCUAGCGGGUGAGAGUGCCGGGGCGAUUUAUUGUCACGCCCACCUUGUUGCAAACGCGCGCGUGCGACAAGUCAUUCUCUCAUCUGGCUCAUUGUUCCUGUCGCCACCUCAGCCUCGACAUUUGGUAGAAAGUUUUCGGGACACAGUUUCCACGAACUUGAAGGACAUUGAUCGAACGCACGAUUUGGAAACUGCAUCUGCAAGCAAUGUUGUUGAGGCAGUCAGAAGAUCUGGUCUGCAGUCAUUUUUCCUCGAAUGGGAAGAAUCUUUCAAUGCUUGGCAGACCAAGACGGGCUGUGCAGAGAGAGUACUCCUCAGCGAUGUAACGAAAGAGGGAGCCAUUUACCAAGCUGGAGUAUGGGCAACAGACCCAGACGACAUAGCGAAAGCCUUUGAUGCGUCCGAGCAAUAUGGCGACGAGCUCAAGAAAUUGUAUCAUAUCUACCCCGACCGACCUUCAUCCUGCAAAACAGGGGCGUUGGACUUCAUCAACGACUACAAGUACCUACUACCAGUCCAGCUGCUCGAGAGAUCCUUCGAAGAUGCAAAUAAGCCUGCUUUUAGGUGCCUGAUUGACGAAGCAAACCCAUGGCAGCCUUCUAGUGGAGCUCAUCACGCCGUCGACCUCGUUCUCUUGUUCGGAGGCUUCGAUCUGAGCUUUGCGCCUAGUGCUGAGCGCGUUGGCCAGGCUAUGCGCGAGGCGUGGAUCAAGUUUACAUGUGGCGGGGAUCCAUGGUCUGGCGCGAUGGACAAGUAUUAUGGGUUCGGUCCUCAUGGGAGUAUAAAGACUCUUGAAGAUUGGGAGGUUCAGUCACGGCGACGUAUUGGACUAGCGGAGAAGUUGAGUGAGAUGGAGAGCUCGUUGUUGGAUAAGACAUCUCGUGGGCUCGCUGCUGGAAAAGUGAGUUUGUUGAACUGA